AUGACCCCGGCAGCUCUGGACGACGACGAGCUGCGGCCGCCGUCCGUCAUCGCAAAUGGCACACAGCAGCAGCAGCAGCACAACUCGGACGAGGACAAGGACACAGCGGCUGCCAGUAAGUUCGUCGGCGACGACAAUGACCAAGCGCUGCCUCCGAGUCCGCGUGGGAGCGCCGCUGCUCCAGCCGCUGAGCCGGGCGUCCGCGUCGUUGCGGAGCUGCUGCGAGCCCCGACAGCUGAAGCCCGCAAGAGCCACCUCGCCAUGUCACUCGGGGUGCUGAUGCUCUCGGUGUCACUCGGUGCGAGCGCGCUGUGCUUCAGCGACGAGAUCUUCGAGGCCACGGGCAUUCAGAGCGGCCUCUUGCUCGGGUCCGCCGGCUCGCUCUCCAUGUGUGCGGUGGUCAUUGGCGCGUACCUGAGGAGGAAGUGGUACAGACGCCACAUGCACAUUCUGCUCCUGAACCUGGCGCUGUGCGACUUUUGCCUUUCGAUCUCAUUCCUACUGGAGCCGGCGUGGAAUCGACUGGGCGCGGGGGUUGGGAGUGAAUACUCGUGUCGAUGGCUUUCGACGGCUCGCGAGUAUUUGAUUAUGUGCUCAAGUGCGUGGACGACCUGCACCGCGCUAGACUUGUACUACUUGAUGACCAAUCCGUUCACGUCGCCACGACUCAAUCGUCACAAGUACCAGGGUAUCGCCCACGUGACAGCGUUCACGAGUGCAGUGGUGAUGGGAGUGUCCAACAGCUUUGGAUCUCCGGUGGCGGUGGGGAGUUUUUGCUGGGUAGGCGCCGACACGCAGGCACGGAGCGAUCAUAUCAGCUACAAACAGCCCAGCGGGUCCACAACAGGCAUCUGGGUCUUUAUCGUCACGCCAGCGACCAUUUUAAUGAUCGCCAACUUGUACGUGACGCUGGUUUCCUACGGCCGGUUCCGGCGAGGCGUAUCCGCCACUCUGCGCAACCGCAGGGUAUUGUUACGGGAGGGUUUUUUAACGACGGUGACUCUCAUCGCGUACUCAGCACUGCUGUGGGGGGUAUAUGGAGCGUAUUGGCUCACUCCUUACGCUGUACAGGCUCGAAGACUCUCUCAACUCUUUGCUUUCCUGCUAUCGUAUCGUGGUAGCGUCCCGUUCAUCCUUUGGUGUCUGUACAAGCGCCCACAACGGAAGAAAAGAAAGUCCAAGACUGGAGUUGUGGUGGAUGGCAACACAAUAAAUGGCAAGUCUCAAUCGCAAGUUUUCAAGGACGAGGAUGAGGCUGAAAAUGAGGACGACGACGCUGUUCGGCCGCAAAUGAACCUAGCGCUGCUGGAUGAGCUGGUGUUUUAUACAACCCACGGUAUCGCGAAGGCUGUACGGAUAACCAGCACAUUGGGACAGUAUCCCCCGCCGUCAGUAUCGUCACUAACCUCUUCACGAGGCGAACAGCCAGAGCAGCAAACUGACCGUUCCCCCGCGCAGUAUUCGUUCAUGGUGCAGCCAUCGCCUCAAGACGCAGCGUGGAAUGAGUGCCGAUUCACUGCCUUCCGUCCGCUGGAGUUCCAACGCAUCCGUCGAUUCUUUGGAAUUGAUGAGGACGCGUACCUCUCGUCGCUGAAAUCUUGCACGACUCCUAAGGUCAGUGAAGGUGCAAGUGGAUCCUUCGUCUACUACUCCACAGAUCGAAGCUACGUCGUCAAGUCUCUCACCGGUUCGGAGAGUGCGUUUCUCCACAGCAUUUUGAAUGAGUACACGGCGUAUAUCGAAGAGCAGAACGGGGAGAGCUUCCUCACGCGCUUCCUCGGCAGCUACUGCCUCGAGCUGUAUGGCCGCCCGAUACACUUUGUGGUGAUGGAGAACGUCUUCGACGUGCAGCAGGGGAUUUCUAUCCACCAGCGAUACGAUAUCAAGGGCUCGUGGGUAGAUCGCAACGCUCAGAAGCCUCGUCGAGGUGCUGAAGCUACUUGUCGCCACUGCAAUCUCAGCUUCCGCUGCGGGGGCAACAGGGUUGAAGGCGACAAGAACCGACGAAAUGUGUGCCCGAAUCGAGCUGGAGCACCGCACGAGCCCAAUGUCGUGCUGAAAGACAUGGAUCUGACUAUGAAACUGCGCUUCGGCAAAGUGGCUGGGCGCAAACUGCUCGCGCAGCUCAUGCGGGACAGCGACUUCCUGUGUGCCCGCGGCGUCAUGGACUACUCGUUGCUGCUGGGCGUCAUCGAAGUGAGCUAUUUAGUGAACCGGCACAAUAUCUUGACGAGGGAUGGCAGCGUCUUCCUCCCGCCUGACUCGUUCACUGGACGACCAACCACACCUCGACGACGUAGCGGUAAGGACGGCGAGCAGUAUGGAGAGAGUGAGACCACAGGCAGCACCGAACGAGUCAAGCAGUCAACACAAUGUCUUCGCGCUGCAGAGGUGGUGAUUGGGCCGGGCUUCUACUACAUCGGGGUCAUCGACAUGCUGCAGACAUGGAACCUGUCGAAGCGAUUCGAGCGAUUCGUGAAGACGGUCAUCUUCCGCAAAGACCCGGACGGGAUCUCGGCCAUGCCACCGAAGCCAUAUCGCGACCGAUUCCAUCGGAAACUGCGCGAAAUCAUCCACCUCGGACACAACUCAAGCAUCAUACCGCCUGCUCCAGCCACAGUCGAGGACGAUGGCAGUGGGACUAAAGGUCUAGAAGACGACAACGCAGAGAGAGCGGAAAACCUUUCCAAUGAUCUCGACGACGACGGGUGCGACCGAAUGACACGCAUCCGGCCGCGUGGAGUUGCAAUACCCCCCAUCGACCAUACUGCUGCAAACGCUGCUGGCCAGCAGGUGAGAACUGCGCGAGAUAGCAGCGGCGAGAUACCUAUGACACCUUCUGCUCAGGGACGCGUACUCGGGAGCAGUUUGUAA